GUUCUUGCAGAAGGUAUCGCUCUUGCAAGAUUCUUCAAAAUGUAUAUUAAACGACUUGAACUUGAGGGAUUUAAAUCGUACUCAAAACUACAAGUUAUUGAUGGCUUUGACACUCAGUUCAACGCCAUAACUGGUUUAAAUGGAACAGGAAAAUCAAACAUACUGGAUUCCAUCUGCUUUGUGUUAGGAAUUACAAAUUUGACACAUAUCAGAGCAGGACAACUCCAAGAUCUCGUGUACAAACAAGGACAAGCUGGUAUCAACAAAGCAACGGUUACUAUCACUUUUGAUAAUAAGGACAAAAAGCACGGUCCAAUAGGAUAUCAUCAUUGUGAUGAAAUAACGAUAAAACGGCAGAUUAUUGUCAAUGGUCGUAAUUCCUACACCAUCAAUGGCAGCGCCGCCACGAACUCCAAGGUGUCGGAUUUCUUCCGAAGUGUUGGCCUUAACGUCAACAACCCCCAUUUUCUCAUUAUGCAAGGGCGUAUCACGAAAGUGCUGAACAUGAAACCUCAUGAGAUUCUUGGGAUGAUAGAGGAAGCCGCAGGCACAAAACUUUAUGAAGCGAAGAGGAUUCUCACCAUUAACACAAUUAACAAGAAGCAGACAAAAGUCGAUGAGAUUGAGAAGCUGAUUGCCGAGGAUAUUCUUCCUCAGUUGCACCAAUUACAAAAGGACAAGCAGAACUUUCUCGAAUACAAUAACUGUGAUCGUGAAAUAGAGCGUCAAGAACGAAAGCUUACUGCCUUUACCUACCAUGCAUCUUUGGUACGUUAUUAG